GACGAGAAACAAGAAAACAACAGAAAAUCAUUUACUCACCGUUAGCUUAUCUGCUAGCGUGCUCCCCUGUGGCAGCAGUCACUCACAGAUUUCCCAACAUCCUGCAGCCCGUUGGUUACCAUGGAAACCCUGUCUCCUUCCGACGGCCGCGCGCCGCAGUGACACGGAGGAGGAGACGUGAGUCACCGAGGCUGAGCCGAGCCGAGCCGAACUGAACCGAACCGAACCGAACCGAGCCGAGCUAAGCUGAGCCGCGGACAGAGAGCGAGACAACCGCCAACCGACGACCGCUAGCAUGAUAGCUUUCUGCUCCUGUCUGUCACAGGAGGCGCGCGACCACGGACGACUGGAGGACCGCAGUGUUGCUUCAACCUGAGGAGCAACAGCAAUAGCAACAACAACAGAAGCAGCAGCAGGAGCAACAACAGGAGCAGCAGCAGGAGCAACAGCAGGAGCAACAGCAGGAGCAACAGCAGGAGCAACAGCAACAACUAACUGAAUUGUGAGGACAGCAAAGAUCACAGAGCAGCAGACUAAGGAAACAAAGAGUGGGCGGAGCCUAAUCACACCCAGGUGUCAGCCUCAUGUUGACCUAAGCUCCACCCUCUGCCUGUCCCUCCAUUCUACUUGAAGUGAACACGGCAGCCAAUGAGAAUGAGCCAGCACAAGGAGGAGGAGCCAAGUCAAGAGCUGGAGGGCAAGGUGCAGACCUGGGCUCAGUCUCUGGUUUACACUCUGGAGGAGCUCGAGUGUAAAAUCUGUUACAAUCGUUACGACACUCGCAGCAGGAAACCAAAACUGCUCGGCUGUUUACAUCGAGUCUGUGCCAAGUGUCUGAAGAAGAUGAUCGACAUGGGUGACUCGUCUCCGACCUUCAUCAGCUGUCCGUUCUGUCGUCAUGAGACACAUAUUCCCGACGAGGAGGUUUGGCUGAUGGAGGACGACAGACACAUCCUGGCGGUUCUGUCCUGUCAGGACCGAGCGCGGCGAGGAGGCGGAGGAGGGGGCGGCGGUGGCAGAGGAGGAGGCGGAGGUGGGGAGGUGGUGCUGAGUCCCACGGCUCUGACUGCAGGUGGUGGCGUGGCCGCGUCCCAACACUCCUCAGACUGUUUGGUCAUCACUAUCAUGGAGCUUCCAGAAGAGUCUCCGUCUUCAGAGUCACUGAGCACGCUCAACGUGAUGGGCGUGUACCGCCAGCCCAGCCUGGACUCGCUGCCCUGUAACCUGCCCGCCCACAAGUGUCACAGCUGGACGUCACACAGUUUCCCACGCUGCCUGCUGGGGGCGCUGUGUCUGGUGUAUUUCAGCUCACUGCCUCUGGGGAUUUACCUGCUCAUGAUUGGUCAGCUGUGGAUGGGCGUGGUCCUCGUCAGCCUGGUUCCGUCCACGCUGCUGCUGCUCGUCCUCUACGGCUUCUGCCAGUGUCUGUGCCAUGAGCUAAUGGAGGCGCUCGCCAUGCGCACACACACGUUGCCAUGACAGCGAUGUUACAACAGUAACAAAGACAAAAACAAUGAUAUCACUGCAGUAACAAUAACAAUAAUCUGUAGCCCCGCCCACCUGACUUUGACAUCUGAAAACCAGCAUUAACUCAAAUCAACAGCCAAUCACAGAGGACACAGAGAAGAGGCGGAUCUUCACCUGUCAAUCACAUGAUUAUGUCCACUCCAGGUCUCUUAGCCUAGCAUAUCAAAAUUUAGCAUAGUUUAGCAGAAAAACUGAAAGUAGGCAGAAAAUGUUAGCUUUGGAAGGCUAGUUGAAAACGGUUAGCUUAGCUUAGCCUAGCUUCUGAGGGUCAAUAUUUAGAGGAAAAGUGAUUGAAGCUUAAUUUGUGUUAAGCUAGGCUAACAGUCCUGGAUCAGACUGUUGGAUUUAAACUGUGAUGAAGAUGAUGACAGCCUCUAAUGGUCAGCUGACCUGUUGUGUCAUUUCCUGUCACAUGACACUGAUCACUGUUAAUGUGAAAUAAAAAUUUAAAAAACUA